CUGCUGGGUACCGUGGCCCCUCCAGUUUCUUUCCAUGUUGGCUUGAGAACGGGAACCUUUCCCUUCUUGCCGACUUUGGCCAGAAGUGACAUGGCCCCUCCAGCGGCUUCUGGAAGGUCCGCCCCCGCCCGCCCCCCACUGCGGUUCCCCCCCCCCUCCCCCCGCAGUCCUCAGCGGCCUCCCUCGCUAGGCAGGGGAGAGGGGGAGGAUCCCGCUAGCUUGGUGGGGGCGGGGGUGGGGGCUUGGGUUUAAAGAACUAGGUGGUCAUCCCUGCAUUCUUGUCUGACCUUUAACCUUGGAGGGGGAGCGCAGUUCUCGGGCACGCACGGUCAACUCCGGCACGCGCAGCGACCGUUGGCAGGGUGUCGGUGUGGCUGCAAAGCUGGGUGAGGACGUGGCCACGGCCCUUCCCGAGGGCGGCUGGCGGGCUGCUGGCUGGGGCCGAGGGGGCUACAGAGAUGGCUGGACCGGGGCGGGGAGGCGGGGAGCAGGGGGAGGCGGGGUCGAGGGUCCCUGGGACUCCCGCCCUAUUGCAGGUUCCUCCGGGAGAACCACGGGCCGCACCGCCGCACGGGGAGGAAGUCCUCCAACCCCCAACCCGGUGUGUGGGUUACUGUGGCCUCUGUCCUGUGGCGUGGACUGAGCUCCAGGAGAUGCUUUUUCGGGGGUGGUUUGCAACCUCAUCUGUUAAUAUACUCUGUGCAUUUCCAAUGUAUUACAUAAUAAAGACAUGGUCGCUUUUAGGAAUGUCUGAAAAACUGAGAAGAUGCAGAAAGGAGCUGACUGCAGCCAUAGACCGGGCCUUUGAAGGUGUCAGUCAUUCCCAGGAGUGCUCAGGCCAGCGGAGGCUGGAGCGGGAUACCGCGCCGCUCUCCUUCCCCCUCCCUGUGCACCGGCUCCUCUGCCGGAGACACCCGCCGGGAGCCUGCGCCUCCUCCUCCCCCUUGCCUGCGCCUUUCGCUCCAGUCCCCUGUGCUCCUGAGACUGAGAGCUCUGCCUUUGCUCCAAACCAUUCCCCAGCGAACGCAAAGCCGCAUGCUUUAUGCGCGAAAAGAAAACCUCUCACCAGUAAGGAAAACGUAUUGAUGCAUUCCUCCAUUUUGGCACCGGAAAGACCGUUUUGGAGAGCCGCGGGAGAUGGGGAGAACUGGAGAAAAGACAGCCUAAGGAAAGAUAUGGAGAAAGACUUGAAGGUUGACUCAAACAUGCCACUCAGCAGUUCUAGCCAAGAGGUCACAAAGGAUCUGCUUGACAUGGUCGACCACGCAAGCAUCCGAGCUAUUGAAGAACUGGCUGGGAAGCUAGAAUUUGAAAACACGCUGAGCCGCGUGUGUGGCCGCUGCGGAGGCUCGCCCUUCCGGGAGGAGGCCUGGGCUCUGCUCUCGGACGAGAGCCCUCGGGAGGCCUCAGAUGCGGAGCCGGGCGGCCUCACGCAGGCUUUUGAUGAUCACAGUAUCGUCGAGACUGUGCUGGACUUGGAAGAAGACUACAAUUUGAUGGCCUCUUUUAAAUACCAAAUUGAGUAAGGACAGCUUUGGUUCUUUCCAGCAGAAGGCUGCCUGUCAGGCAGGGACCGGUGUCACUGUGGGCCACUGCCGAUGGCUGGCAGGACUGGGUUACCACACCCUCUUUAACUUCUAGUUGUGACCCUUUUUGAGCUGAAAGCCCAAUUUUUUGUUGUUGUUGUUGCUUUGAAAUGUUUCUUAUUGUUGACUUUUUUUCACUUUUCUUGAAAUCUAAAAUGUGUUUUUGAUUGACAUUUAAUACACCCAGUGCCCAAGGCGGAUAUGGGUCGUGGA